UUGAAGUAGUCCAUACCCUCCUAUUUCACUUGCACAAGGAAGCAAAUUAUUUCAUAUUGGUUGUGGAUGCUUUUUGGGAACUUUCUUAUUUUGCUUUUGAUAUUGCGGUAUAAUGGAUGAGUUUGUUUCAAGAGCACUGUAUGACUCUCAUGUUGGCCAAGAUUACUUCGCUAUAUGGAAAGGGUGUUUUUGUGUUGCUUAUGAAGAAAAAUUGUUCUCUAAUGCUUGUGCUAGCAUCAAUGUCAAGGGAGUUGAGGAUUACUUGCCUUUUUUAAUUUUGUGUUACUGCCUCAAGAUUACACAUACACUGGAUAACAUAUUUGCUGUAAAUUGCCUAUAUCCUCCUCUCACCCCCCAAAAUUUUCCAAGGGUAGUGCCUUCUAAUUUGAUGUGUCUCCUGACAGAAUCUGACGUCUCUUUGGUUUUGGUUCUGUGUCUAAACCUACCUACUUACUAGUGGUUGUAUUUAUCCUUACCUGAUAAAUAACUUCAUCAGAUAUGGGUGGGAUUGAAUGUAAUGACAGUGGGGCUUCAUAUUCAAAGCAAAAGGAAGAGAAUAUGGAAAACUAUAAUGCAAAAGUAUAGUAUGCUAUGUAAAUAAAUUAGGACAUGCUAUUAGAGAAGAAUAUUUGGGUGGAGACUAGUGGAAAUGGCUAUGGAUCAUUUUGAAACUACUUAGACCGAUGCAGAUUUGUGAAAUGUGAUUUUUCCUCUUUUCUGGCUGUCAAUCAUUCUGGGGAACAAUGGAGAAUUUAGCUGAGAGGUUGCUUCUUCUCUGUGUAAAAAUAUGUUAUUUUUUCAAUAUUUUCAUAUAGUUUGUAAUCUUCCCUUUAAAAU